UCUCUGCUGCCUCACAGAGAGCCACCCUCCCUCCCCGCCAUCCUGUGGGCUGUCUGUCCCAGGGGACCAGGCUCUGCUUCCUUGGCAUGGGGGUGAAGAGGAGCCUUCAGACUGGAGGCAAUUUGCUUAAUCUCUUGACCAGCAUCCUCACAAUACUGUCCACUGCUACCAACUACUGGAUCCGACAACAGGGAGGCCACAGUGGCCUGUGGCAGGAGUGUAGCCAUGGCAUCUGCUCCAACAUUCCCUGCCAGAACACCCUGGCAGUGACCGCAGCAUGCAUGGUGUUGGCAGCAACCUUCAGUAUCAUAUCUUUGGGGCUGGGGAUGAGGAUUCGGUGCCAAGAGGGCGAGUCACUGCGUAGCCAGAAUGCCAUUGUCUUACUUUUUCUCAGCGGGCUGUUGCUGCUGAUUGCAUUGGCUGGAUACACUGCAAAGAAUGCCUGGAAGCCGGAAGUCUUCUUCUCCUGGUCCUACUUUUUCGGAUGGCUGGCUUUACCCUUCUCGUUUCUUGCGGGUAACCAGCCCAAGGGGAGGAGGGUGGAGACUACCCCUCUAGAUGACUCCCCACCCCAGAAGCUUCCCAGUCACCUGUUCUCCCAGGAAAGCCCACAAUGACUUCCAGGGACUCCCCAACACCUGCACUCCAGAUUCCAGCACACCCGGUGGAGACGCCCUUGGAGUCCCCAUCCCUAGUCCCCAGGCAGGCCAGGUCAUCCGCCCUAGGGCCCACCUUCCUCCCCCGGCUCUGCACUCCCCUCC